AUGGGGGAGAAAAACAACUACAUGGGUUCUUCAGACGUACCCGGAGGCCAUCGUCCUGCACCUAAACUAUUCGAUCUCCCCUCUUCAGGGCUCGGCGUUUGCAUAUUUAUUGGUCAAGGAUCAACGUACGCGCCUCGUCUUCCCGACUCUUCAUCCGCAGAGAUGGGUCCAAUGGUCAGCACGACGCGGUCCAGCGACGACGGUCAUUGCAGAGGCUCAAUGGGACAUAGCAGGGCGAUUGACGGGGGUAAAGAUGGUACCUCGAGUUAUUGCAGGUCUGUCACGCUAUAUAGGGGCGACAGGGGAGAAGAAGGCAGCGGUGACAGGAAAGGGGAGAAGAAGGCAGCCGAUUCCAAGCGCCGGGGCUUAGGCCGAAAGGCGAGGGCUGAGAGACAGGCCGAGGUUCUUGCUGCCCUACCGGAAGGAAAAAGGGAGGCGAAGGCAGCGGAAUCCAAGCGCCGCAGUGAAGGUCAAUAG